AUGGACUCACAGGACCAACAUCCUUCAGAUAAUCCCCAGAGUCGAAUUCAAGCUCUGACAGAGGAAAAUCUUCAGCUACGAGACAAAAACGAACGUCUUUUCACCAAAGUGGGCUACCUGGAGAGCAGACUGAGCCACCUGGCCAGCUCCAACACAGACCUGUCCUGCAGGCUGGUUCAGAGUGAAGAGGAGAAGCUGAAGAUCUCUAAGGAGUUUGUGGAGGAGAAAAUUCAGACUAAUAAGAUUAGAGAGCAGUUUGAAGAAGAGCUGUUCGAGCUGAAAAACAAGAUCCUGAACCAGGACAGUAUAAUAUCAGAUCUGGAGCUGCAGAGACAGAGGUUACAGGGUGAACUCCAGGCAGCUGAGGCCCGUCUCAAAGUGGGCGAGAAUCUGACCCAGGAGUACACCGCCCUGAAGGAGAACUACCGGACCCUGACUCAGGCCCAUGACAGGGAACUGGUCCAGAGUGAGGAGCUGGGCGCUGAGCUGCUGGCCCUGGCCCGGGCCCAGGACGCCCUCCACAGGCAGCUGGAGGAGCAGCAGCACAGUGUGAAGACCACCACCCAGGACCUUCAUGGGGAACUUGACAGGGUGCGGGCCUUGAUCAGCCGCAUGUCACUUAACAGAGUCAAGCCUGAAGAUCUGGCAGCUCUGGACAAGGAGCAAAAAACUAUGGAAGAAAACCUGCUUGGAAACCAAGAUGAAAUCAAGAACAUGUUGGAGAAAAUGAAAGGCACCUACGAGGAACAGCAGAAGAAACUGGAGGAGAAAGUGGUGGCUAUGGGUAAAGAACACCAGCAGAACAAGAAAGAGAUCCAUGAUACCCAGCAGAAACUGUCCGAGCAGAGUGCGGCCCUGAUGCUUUCCCAGAACCAAGUGAAGCAGCUGGAGGAAGAUAACUCUAAACUGCAACUCAAACUUAAAGAACUGAAUGAGGAAUACCGCGCACGGCUGCUGUGUUAUUUACAGGACUUAACUGAGUACAUAGAUGGACUUGGAGAAACAAAAACGCCCUCAGGGGGGAAUAAAAUGAAGAAGUUUGUGGACAACAUGCUGCAGGAUGUGCGUUCAUCAUACAGGACUCGGGAGGAACAGCUCGCCUCCGCUGCUCGCUCCUAUAAGAAGAGACUACAAAGGGUCACCAACACACAUCACACUCUCCUCAUAGCCUACAGGGCUCAGAGGGAGCAGAUCGUGGCCAAACCAGAGUGUGGUCUGAACCCUGGACCCCCUGAAGGCACCUUCAGCCUGGAUCCCAGUGAGCUGAGAGAUGAAACUGAGAAGGAGCUCCAGAACCUUCGCCAGGACAAGGCCAGGCUGGAGGCUCAGCUCCAAGAAGCCCAGGAUCAGGUGGCUGUCCUCAAAAUGCCUGUGUAUACUUUGUGUCUGGAGCCAGAGCAGAUAUGUGAAGAAUCCAUGGCGGACAUAAGCAAACAGCUGAAGGACAUCACAGAGUCGUCACUGAUGGGUUUUGAAAAGGAGCGUGCACUUCUCAUCACCAGGGCAACGGUUGCUGAGGCGCAGGUGUCCGAGUUGCAGGACUAUAUUGACAACCACCUGGCAAGGUAUAAACAGGAGAUCAACAAUCUCCACAGACGACAUGGGAUAGAGGAAGCACAACGGUCCCAAAGUGCUCAUUCAUCACUCCUUUGA